AAAUAAUUUCUUUGCCUUAACAAAGCAGGCUAAGUGUCAUACUCUAAUAAAUAUAAAGAGGAGACGAAAUUAGUAAAUUUUUAAGUAUGAGCUAAACACUUGAUUGGCGCGUCAUAAAACCAAGAAGCCCCAGGGAGAUUUCAAUCUUGGCAAUCAUUAUGAACAACUCAGAUAUUAGUGAGGAAAGCACCGAUGCCUUGAAUUACAAGAGGAAUGAGAAGACCAGCGAAAAACUGAAAUCAAUGGAAUGCUUUGAGGAUGAUUACAAACCGAUCGUAACGAAGAGCUCACCAGAACUAAGCUUUCUCAAAUCGAAAGGAAGCCCUGAAUCUGAAGAGGAUAACCAACCGAAGUCGGAGACGGAUAACGAUUACACCAAUUUCCUGAAACAGAUGAAUGUUCGUUAUUCACAAUAUCGCUUAAAGUCGGGUGAAGAUAACGACAAGGAAGGACAAACGAUGAAUUAUACCAAUUACAAUUGUAGUGAAUGUUCCGGUUGCGAAGGACCCUCAUGUAGCUGGCAAGGCGCUUGCAGAAAUGGACAGGAUUGCACUUCUGGAGCUCAGAUGGAUUCCACACCUUAUAUGGAGCAAGAAAUGCCUGACAAUGGACACUAUUACAACUGUGGAAAAUCCCUAUCAAACUUACAAUCCGUAUCGGAUGAGACAAUUGUGAAUGGACCCAGGGUUUCGGCUUCGGAUGCCUCGGAAAGUCCUCCAAGUUCCUACAAUGUAUGCUGUCCCUUGAGACGACCUGGUCAGCAACCUGCUUGUUAUUCGUGCCAUCAUGGAUAUCCUUGCCAGGAGCAGUUUAUGCAAAUGAACAUGCCGCCGCCCAUGGAAAUAGAUCCGAACACGGGGUUCCCCUAUUUUCCUUGCUCGGCGCCCGUAAACUAUCCCGGCAUGGGAAUGGGUCCCAUGCCAGGUAUGCAAAUGGAUCAAAGAGGACGCGGUGGUCAACAAAAUGAGGAAAUGAGUAGUUCAUCGAGCUCUGGGUCACCAGCAGUCCAGUCCAGUUCUCAAGAUGGAGGAGCAAAUAAUCAGAGCAACUUCAAUAUGGAGGAAUUCAUUCAAAAGUAUCAGAAAAGUGUUCAACAAUGUUAUGCCACUGCCCAACAAGGAUUGCGUCAAAGCUUUGCACAGGCAAAUGGUACACCAUAUUUUAACCAGCAAGGAAAUCAACAAUACUUUGCGAAUUCCAAUUCAGGUGCUCAACAAAUGUUUGCCUCCCAGAGUCAAGCAGCUCCACAAUUUUAUGAUCCCAAUCAAGAAGCUUAUCAAGGAUUGCAAACUUUUAAUUCAUCUCUUGAUCCUCAACAAUUUUUUAAUAGCCCUGGUAGCCUAGGGUCUCAACAAUUCUUAACCUCUCCAAUGGCUAUGCCUUCUCCGAAUAUCUUUGGCAACAACACUGGUUUCAUCAGCGACACUUUGCACACACAGACCGUAUAUUCCUCCGAUUACAAAUCGUUCGCCAAUGAUGGAAAUCAUUUUAAUCACUUCCCCAAUGGCAUAGACAUUGGCUUGGGCCCCGAUUCCUGUCCCAGCUAUGGACCAGCUGCAUCUCCUGGCCUGGCAGAGAUGGGCGCCGGUGGUCAAGCCUAUGGCAUGGGCGGUGCCGGUGGAAUGAACAUGAGUUCCUAUCCCCUUAAUCACAUGAGUUAUUCAAGUCCUUACACCUUCGACAUGUCUUCCCCCACUUCAGGCCAUCAUCCUGGCCUAGGCAUGGCUAAUGGCGGAAAUCUAAUGUAAGCUGAGUGGGAAAGCAUCGAAUCCUGACUCUGGAAAUGGCUUUGAAUAAAUCUUAACUUGUUUAUAGUUAGAAACUUAAAUAAAAUUUAACUAGUUUACUAACAAUUUUCUA